GCUAAACUGCCUGCCGCCGAAGGAUUCGGGAUUUGUCCCUAGCAGCUUCUUAUCGCAGUAUCCCUCCCGCUGGGACCUCACGGAGUUUCAGUGUUAGGUGGGAGUCCUCUCCCAAUAGCUGUCUUAUUGCCUCGGAGCGCAGAUCACAUAAUGCCGAACGACCCAUCCCCAUCCGAUCACGCCGUGGACGCACUCACCGGCGUGCAUCAACGCAAAGGGAAAGGCAAGAAAGAUAAAGACGCCUCCAACUCCAACAAAGAAAACAACAAUCCUGUCGACGACUCCUCAACUACCACCACUGCCUCGUCAUCGCCACCGAAAGCAAAGUCCGCUGAGCAUUCCCCUACGCGCGCCGCAGCGAUCCAGCAUGCGCUUUCGCAUAAAGGGAAUGUGGGCGUGGGUGUGGCGAGAGGGAACGGGAGGGACAGCGAGGGGUGGUACCAAGCGGCGUUGGUGGUUGUGACGCUGUUGUCGUUUGUGACGAGGUGUUGGGGGAUUGGGUAUCCUGGGCAAGUGGUCUUUGACGAAGUCCAUUUCGGCAAAUUCGCCUCGUACUACCUCCGUCGGGAGUACUACUUCGACGUGCAUCCGCCGCUCGGGAAGCUGUUGCUCGCGGGCGCGGGUUGGUUCCUUGGCUACGACGGGCACUUUUUGUUUGACAAUAUCGGCGAUGACUAUGUGGCCAAUAAUGUGCCGUACGUCGGGUUGAGGCUGCUCCCGGCCACGUGCGGGGCUUUGAUUGUGCCUGUGGUGUUUUUGACGCUGAAGGAGCUGGGAUUGAGCGUUGCGGGAGCUACUUUUGGCGCUUUGUUGCUUGUUCUUGACAACUCCCUGAUCACGCAGUCACGGCUGAUUCUACUGGAUAGUAUGCUGACGCUCUUCUGCGUGUGCUCCAUCUACGCCUGGGUCAAGUUCCAACAACACAAGCAUGAGCCUUUCAGUCUACGCUGGUACGGAUGGCUUCUCAUGACCGGAGCGGGACUUGCGUUCACCACAGGAGUGAAGAUGGUGGGAAUGUUGACCAUCGCUGCCGUCGGAGUCGCUGUUCUGUUUGAUCUCUGGGAGUUGCUCGACUAUCGUCGGGGUCUGUCAAUGCGCCAAUUUUCCCGCCAUUUCGCGGCCCGAGCGCUGUGCUUGAUUUUCUUCCCGUUGGCAAUCUACCUGUCAUUCUUCUACAUCCAUUUUGCGCUGCUCAUCAAGAGCGGACCUGGAGAUGCUUUCAUGAGCCCUGGAUUCCAGGAUGGCCUUAUUGGGAGUGAGAUGAGCGUCAACUCGAGUGCUAUUCCAUACUUUGCCAACGUCACAUUGAAACACCGCGACACAAAAGCAUUCUUACACUCCCACGUCGACAAAUACCCACUGCGCUACAAAGACAACCGUGUCAGUACGCAAGGACAGCAGGUGACCGGGUACCCGCACCGGGACGCCAACAACCACUGGAUCUUUGUCCCCGUCGACGUGGAAAAGUACCCCGCCGCACCCAAGUACGAGCCUACCGAAGAGGAGAUCUCACGUAACGUUCGCUAUGUCCGCCACAACGAUUUUCUGCGCCUCCAACACGCACGCACGGGAAGCUUCCUCGUCACACACGACGUCGCAUCGCCGUUGACACCCACGCAUAUGGAGAUGACCACGCUGAUUGGCGAUGUCGCCGAAAGCCGCUACAACGAGACGCUGUGGCGCGUGGAUGUUGUGGAUGGCGAGGUGGGCGACAAGGUUCGCAGCAAAAGGAGCCAUCUGAAGCUCAUCAAUGCCCACCACAACGUGGCCGUGCACUGCCAUAAAGGGAUCCUUCCCGAAUGGGGUUUCGGACAACAGGAGGUGAAUGGAAACAAAAACCAGGCGGAAAAGUUCAAUAUAUGGUGGAUUGACGAGGUGCACCACGAGCGCAUCGUCGACGGCGUCGAAAAGGGCGAAGACGAUGCUGAAGCCGCCAGAGAAAAAGAAGAAGCCGCCGCGAAAGCCAGCAAAUCCAAGAAGAAGCUCAGCUUCCUCCAAAAAUUCCUCGAGCUCCAAGGUCUCAUGAUCGCGCACAACUCUGGCCUUACUAAACCGCACCCGUACUCGUCCACGCCCAUCACAUGGCCCUUUGUACUCCGCGGCAUCUCCUUCUGGGAACGCAAAGAAGGUCUCAAGCAGAUCUACCUCCUCGGCAACCCGCUUGUGUGGUGGCCCGCUAUCACGGGAACGGUCAUGUACGCCGCCAUGUGGCUCAUCGACCGAUUGCUUCUCCGCCGCGGGAUCGACGAUUUCGGACCGAGGAUCAGGAACUGGUGGGAUAAAGCUCCCGGGUUCCUCUUCGUGUGCUGGGCAAUGCACUGGAUCCCGUUCUUCCUGCAGGGCCGAAUGCUGUUCUUGCACCAUUAUCUGCCGAGUUUCAUCUUCUCGGCGAUGGUCUUUGCGUGUAUCAUCGAGUUUGUGUUUUUGAGGGUCGCGGAAUCGCCGGCGCCUUUGGGCCCACCCGUUCCCGUGCCAAACACCGCCACGGCCGCGAUCGCCACCGACACCUCCACACACCUCCAACAACGCAAACCCUCCCGCGGUCACCUCGCCCACACCCUCCCCGCUCCUCUGCGCCGCCGCCGCGCAACACCACAAGGCGGCCUCACAUAUUACGCAGGCCUCGCCGUCCUCGUUGCCGUCGCGGCGUGGGGGUUCGCGUACUUUUCGCCCCUGACGUAUGGGACGGGGUUCCCGGAUUUGGUGCAGUUGAGGAGGAGGAAGUGGAUGAAAAGUUGGGAUUUGCAGCAUGCGUAGGAGAACGUUGGUUUGGUUUGGUUGGGAAGGGGCUUUCUUUUGCUUUCUAUGUGAUGGGGGAAUUCUUGUGUUUAUGUAUCUGUUCCCGAUUUUCUUCGAAGACGGCGCUUCAUCUGGAGCCUCCCCCCGUCUUGUAUUUAACCGUCCGCUAUUUCAAAAGAUCUGGUGGAAACCUCGCAGAUUUUCGGAAAGUUCAUGGGAAACAUACAGUAUGAAGAAAGAAAGGUUCUUGCGACUCGUUCCGCGUCCCCAUGCCCGUCAAACAUCCUUGCUUCUCCUACUAUGCAGGUGUAAGAGACGCAAACCUACCC